UUUCAUAAUCACUUAAGUCACUUCUUAAGUAAUAAAAGGAACUAGUUAACAUAGUUGUUGUAGUAUUUAGAAUUCCAUAACAUUGCCAAAAGGAUUAAUGCUACGGAUUUAUAAACAAUUGUUUGUAUUGAUUAUGUAGCUGAAAGUUUGCACGUGCAGAGUAUUCCCUUGCUGUGAGGAAACUCUCGAAGUGACAGUAACAUUUUGAAUCAGGGAUGUGAAUUUGGCCAACCUGCAAAUAUCGAAGUGCUUUGUUCUUCGAAAGAACGCGGGAAUCACAACACAAACAAACAAGUAGAAUUUUGUGAUUUCUUAGAUUCAAGUUCAUGGAAAGACGGACAGCCACUUUAUUUGCAAAUAUCGCGCAUUUUCGUUAGUAACAUGCCGACUGUAUCAGAUGAACAAAUCAAAGAAAUCUUUCGAGAGUAUGCCAUUUCCAAACACAAGGAUGAACUAAUGGCAAUACUGCAGACUUCUGACGACCUUCAGCAUCAUUCAGUUGUAGUUCAAUUUUCUCAGUUGUUUGAGAGAAGUGCUGAUCUUGGCAAUGGUAUCAUUUCUGCACCUAGUCGUUUUUUGCCAUUAUGUGAUCAGUCUCUUGCUGAGGCACAGAAGACUUUGUAUGAGGCUCAGUCCGAAGAGAUGAAGUGUGAUUUAAGCAUAAAAACAAAAACUCAUGCUCGUAUUACAGGUUUACCAGUAUGUCCUGAACUGCACCGAAUUGCAUUUCCUCGCAAUGACGACAUAGGAAAUUUUUUGAGAGUUUCCGGGACAGUAAUAAGGAUUACAACACCUAAAAUGCUAGAGUUUCGGAGAAGUUACAUUUGUGCAAAAUGCAAACACAUUUUUACAGCAGAGGCUGAUUAUGAACUUUAUUAUGUAAUACCAAACCAGUACAAGUGCAGGAAUCCUGAAGGCUGUAAAGGAACAAAUAUAUCUCCAGUUAAAGUGAUUGAUCAUGACAAUUACAAGGAUUACCAAGAAAUAAAAAUUCAGGAGCAGGUUGCUAAACUUAGUGUGGGAUCUAUCCCACGUUCCAUGUGGGUGACACUAGAAGAUGACCUGGUUGAUAAAUGUAAACCAGGAGAUGAUAUUACAGUAUGUGGUACUGUACUGAGAAGAUGGCGCAGUAUAAAUGGUGGAAAUCGGUGUGAUAUUGAGCUAGUGCUUAAAGGCAAUUACUUGGAAGUGUGCAAUGAACAAGCUUCAUCGGUUUUGAUAACACAGGAAACACAUGAUAUGUUUUCAAAAUUCUGGGAGGAACAUGCUCGUGAGCCACUUGUAGGCAGAAAUUUAAUACUGGCUUCCAUUUGCCCACAGGUGUUUGGGCUAUACAUUGUCAAGUUGGCAGUUGCGGUAGUAUUGUGUGGUGGAGUCCAACGUGUGGACAAAUCUGGAUGCAGAGUUAGAGGUGAAUCUCACCUCUUACUUGUGGGAGAUCCUGGUACAGGCAAAUCACAUCUAUUAAGAUUUGCUGCUAAAGUGUGUCCUCGUUCCGUUCUUACAACUGGUGUUGGCACGACUUCUGCUGGAUUGACUGUGAGCGCUGUAAAGGAGAAUGGAGAAUGGCAACUGGAAGCUGGUGCUUUGGUUCUUUCUGAUGGAGGAAUUUGCUGCAUUGAUGAAUUUAAUUCCAUUAGGGAACAUGAUCGUGCUAGCAUCCAUGAAGCUAUGGAACAGCAGACAAUCAGUGUAGCUAAGGCUGGUUUAGUGUGCAAGUUGAACACCAGAUGUACUGUACUUGCUGCUACCAACCCUAAAGGACAUUACGACCCCGAGCAGCCAAUCAACAUUAACAUAGCACUGGCGAGUCCAUUAUUAAGUCGCUUUGACCUAGUUCUUAUACUUCUAGAUUCAAGAAAUUCUGACUGGGACAGGCUAGUUUCAGGCUUUAUUCUUAAAGGGAGGGAUCCUGUCAGAAUCUUUUCUGAGGAGAGCAAAUGCAGUUCCAGUGAUUUGUGGGAGCUAGAAAAGCUGCAGGCAUAUUUCUGCAUCAUCAAGCACAUUCAGCCAUCCUUCACAGAGGAAGCCAAUGUCAUUUUGACACAAUACUACCAAGCUCAGCGUAAGGCUGACUCUAGAAAUGCUGCAAGGACUACUGUACGUUUACUGGAGAGUCUUAUAAGACUGUCACAGGCUCAUGCGAGGUUGAUGUUCAGGGAAACCGUGACUGUGCAGGAUGCAGUAAUAGCUAUAGCACUUAUGGAAUCCUCAAUGCAAAGUGCUGCUCUUAUCAGUGGAAUGGAUACUCUUCAUACAUCUUUCCCUGACAAUCCAACAAUGGAAUACAAGGACCAUGUCACACUGAUUUUGCGGCAGUUGAACUUGGAAGCUAUUUUGACAGAAGAACUCAAAUCACUCAAUCAUGUGCACAAGGAUUUUUAUACAGAGAAUAAUUCCAUACCCACUAAGCCACAUAGCAGUAAUCAUCAUGCAGUUGAGUGUGAGAGUAAAAUACGUGCACAAAAUAAUGCACCUUCUAGUCCCAUAAAAGGGCCUUCAAGGAAAUAUGCAUUUCCAACAUUAGAGUCACUAGCAGUCUCCCAGAGGCUAACAGAAGUGUUUGAUGAUAUUCGAAAAACAAAAGUACAAAAUGCUUGCCAAACAGCAGAAUAUCAAUCAAAAAUUGCAGGAAUAAAAUCUAAAAGGAAAUUAUUACAAACAAAAAUUGGUGAUAUACAAGAUCAAAACAAAACCAGUGCAGUGAAGAAGAGUAAAGUAAAUCCGUCAGUUCCAGAUAAUACUGAGGUGGACCAGGAAGAUGUUCAUAACACACAAUCAGAAAAGACCCAUAAUAACAGCCCUUUAGUAAAUAAAGAUGAAGACAUUACAGCAACUGAAGACAGAUUGCAUCCCAACACUCCCCCACACAACUGCAUCAGCAGGGAAGUAUUAGAGAGAGAAUUUGGUUACAGAAGAUCUGAUGGUGAACGAGUGAAAACUCUUUCUAAUGAAGCACAGUGUGAGAAACCUUGUGCAUCAGAACGCAGAGACUUGCCCUCUCAUCUGGAAACGCCUAAACAAAUGCAGGUAUGUUUAGAAGACUCAGCAUCUCCAAGCACUAACAAAACUCUAGAAGAACAUCAUAAACAGCCAGCUGCUAAGACAUUAAAUUUGACUUCUUUAGUAAAUUUCGGCAGGAGCCUUACCUCUUCACAAGUGUCAUCUAAGAAGCUUCGGGUAAAUGAAUCUAACAAAAAGAAUGCUUUAACAUGGUCAGAGGGUUCUGCUGAGAGUAUUGAUAUUGCUUUAAAUUUUGAUAAUACUCAAAGCAAACCAGAAAAGACAAUGACCUUAACUUGCAUUUCAUCAGGGAAAGGAAAGUAUUUGGCAGCAACUAAGAUGAAUGUAUUUGAAAGAGAAAAUGAAUUCAAUGAUGAGGAUUUAAGUUUGUGAGAAAAUAUAUACAUUUUCUAAGGAGUCUACUAAAAUAUAUGUUUGAUAUCAUUUAUUAUUUUUAUUUUGGUUACAGCAAAGCAAUGUAUAAAGUAAAGCAAUAUUUUUACAGUGACAAUUUUACAAAUAUUCACCCAUUAACUUAUGUAAACUUUCGAUGUUAUAUGCUGUAUACACCAUAUGUACAGAUAACUGAUAAGUGCUGUGACAAUAAUAAAAUGUUUUAUAUUCAAAUAAUGGAAAUCUCAGUAUUCUACAUUUGAUUUGAGAUUCCUUUAAUUAGCAGGCUCUCACCAAAACCAAAAGUUUGUUGCACUUUCUUUGUUUCAGCAGUGAAUGAAUCUGCAAGUCUGAUAUUUACAGCCAAAAGAAACAUACAGAU